AUGCUCAAGCAUCUCUGGUUUGCUGGCGCAGAGCGUCCCGCCACCCGCUGCACUUCCAUGUCGCCAUGGGCCGGGAGGUCGCCAUCACCGACCGGAUGGACCUCCACCUGCUCUGGUCUAAUAAAGGGAGGCUCUUCAUCAAACCCGUCCCGCGAUUCCUUCUUGAUCCAGGCUUUUGUCAGCAACCUUCAGUGCCCUGAUGGCUGUGCGUGCUAUAAUCCCCCGGCAGAUACGUGCCGGGGAAUAGCAAGGAAAGUCGCCUUGGGUUUCCUCUACACAUACGUCUGUCUCAUAUCAUCCGAGAGCGACUUCCACAUCGCCAACGAAACGCGCCUCCUGCCUCGAAAUGAAGAUGACUCGCCAAUCAAAUGGGCAGACUGGAAGGCCUUGGCCAGGGAACUCCUCCAAGUGCACGAACGCAACCCAGAUGUGGUCCACCCACGCUUUCUGCGCGCCGAGCUCCGCCUCUCCCGCAUCAACACCAUCCAUCGCUUCACCCGCCUCCCUCCCUUCCACCCCUACGUCCGCGGCAGGCACAACUAUAGCAGCCUCUUGCACGAUAAUCUUGCGUGGAUGGCCACUGCCGCUGUCUUCCUGGCCCUGGUGCUGACCGCGAUGCAGGUCGGCCUCGCCACGGAGCGACUCCAAAAAGACACCACCUUCCAGCAGGCGUCAUACGGCCUCACCGUAUUUGCUAUUCUAGGGCCUAUGUGCGCGUUUGGCCUAGUGGUGCUGGGCGCGCUGUUUAACCUCGUCAAUGAUCUACCACUGCUCAUCGGAAGACGGCGCAACCGCGCAGUGCAUGAAACCUCGGGUGAAGUUAGUUACGCGGCGCCCUGA